AUUCCUGUUCUCAGUCCUGUUCGAAUCCCAGCCACACGACCGUUCUCACGCCGCCACGCCAACUAUACUUUGAAAAACACUGAUCAAAGAUAAGGCAUAGUUGCAGAGGAGAGAAGCGAUGGGAACCGUUAUCGAUUCCCAUUUCUUAGCUCUCACAGCCAUUGUCACUGUGGGUUAUCAGUUUUUGUUCUUCAUUAUCACAGCUCUUCUCAAGUUCGAUAAAGUCACUGACUUCGCUGGAAGCACGAACUUUGUUAUACUUGCCGUGUUAACUUUGGUCUUGAAAGGAACGUGGCAUUUUCGACAGGUAGUUUUGACCUUGCUUGUAGUGAUAUGGGGCCUUCGACUGGGAAUUUUUCUGUUAAUGAGGAUUUUGCAAUGGGGUGAGGAUAGGCGCUUUGAUGAAAUGCGCAGUAAUUUGGGGAAAUUGGCAGUUUUCUGGACAUUUCAGGCUGUCUGGGUAUGGACUGUGAGUUUACCUGUGACAAUAGUUAAUGCUAGUGGCAGAGAUCCAUCUCUUCAAGCUGCAGACAUAAUUGGUUGGAUUAUGUGGUCAGUGGGAAUUACAAUUGAAGCUUCUGCGGAUCAGCAAAAGUUGUCAUUCAAGAAUUCCCCAGAAAAUAGAGGAAAGUGGUGUAAUGUUGGAGUCUGGAAAUACACCCGUCAUCCAAACUAUUUUGGUGAGAUUUUGCUUUGGUGGGGAAUCUUUGUUGCUUCCACCCCUGUCCUGGAAGGUGCAGAAUGGCUUGUAAUCCUUGGACCAAUCUUCCUCACAUUGUUGCUUCUUUUUGUCAGUGGCAUACCAUUGCUUGAGGAAUCAGCAGAUAAGAAGUUCGGCAAUGUGGCUGGAUACAGGCUCUAUAAAAGCACAACUAGCCCUCUUUUUCCACUCCCCCCUAUGGUGUAUGGGAACUUGCCUGCAUGGUUCAAAACAACAUUCCUCCUUGAGUUGCCUUUCUACAGUCGAAAUCUUCCUCAAGAAGGACAAAACUGGUAUGGAACAGACAGGAAACAAAGCAGCAGCGGAGUGAAGAUGGGCUAGCAGCUGUUGAACCUUCUGAUUCUGAAAUGAUUCAUUCCCUUAUUGAAUCAGUUGAUGUAUGGUAUUAUUGGCUACGUAUGUUGCAACACAUCUUGUUACUUUCUUAAAUGGUGAAUAUGGAUAUUCUUAGGGGACCUGUCAUGUGUCUUUUUGCUUUCAUUUAUUUAUCUGUUUUUAUUUUUCUUAAGAAUUGUUACUCUCUUGUUAGCUGAAGUUGGACAGGUUUAGUUUUGUUCAAAGCUUUUUAACUGUCAUUGGAUGUAAGAGAGCAGGAGAAGACCCCAGACCCAUCGACUCUGCUUUGAAUAUCUUUUAGGAUCAGCAAUGGGUUUUUAAUUUUCUAA